UAAGCUGCUGUUCUCACUGGCGUUGGGCGGGGGGCGGCGGAGUGUAGUGAACUCCUCGUCACCGGUCAUAGUCCUGGCGACAGAGAAACAUGGAGGAGACCUGGAGCAAGCUGGGGAAGGAGGAGCUGGAGCAUCAGUACUCACCUAGUCACUGGUCUCAUCGUAUGGACCGAGAUGCCGUCAUUGAGGCGCACGUGAGGGAGUUGACAGAAGGCACAGAAGUAUCUCGGGCCGCGGCACGGACCGCACUGGACAUACCAUAUGGCGACAGUGACAGCGAGAAGAUGGACCUGUAUCUACCGGAUGGAGAGCCAACCAAGUUCCCGAUACUGGUGUACGUCCAUGGAGGAUACUGGCAGUUUCUGAGCAAAGAGGAGUCCGGCUUCAUGGCUGCCCCGCUCCUGUCUCAUGGGAUUGCUGUGAUGGUGAUGGAUUAUGAUAUUGCCCCAAAAGGUGACAUGGAUCUAAUGGUGGCGCAGGUCAGAUGCAGCAUUGCCGCAGUUCUAAGGCUUUACCCGCAGAAUACUGGAGUCUACCUGUGUGGCCAUUCUGCUGGAGCCCACCUUGUAGCCAUGACACUCUGCACGGACUGGAUGGAGUAUGGGGUGACAGCAGGUAUUAAAGGGGCAGUCCUGGUGAGUGGAGUAUAUGACCUGCAGCCUAUCAUACAUACCUAUGUGAACGAUGCCCUGCAGAUGUCACUGUCACAAGACGAGCGGCGUCGGUUUAUUGGCGGCUUCCCGUCUGUAUUUAUAGCGCUGACAUCACAGCAGCAGGAAUCCACUAGUCUCCUCUGUCUUAAAGGGACGCUCCGCCUAAAGAAGCAUGUGCUGCUGAAUGCAGUCUAUUGUCCGCUGUUAUCAGCCUCUGCAGUGUUCAAUGGGAUUACAGAUAAUCCCUGCCCCCAUGAUGACCGCUUUAUGUCACCCAUGGCCUCCUCAGCAGCACAGCUAUAUCUCUGUGGCAGAUGGGGCCCUGAGGGGCCCGGAGUAAUAGCGAGGGCCUAGAGGUGUCAUCAUGCAUCAAAAUUAUAAAAGGGUAUUUUUUUUAUUAUUUGAAAAACAGCAUCACCCCUGUCCACAGGUUGUGUGCGGUACUGCAGCUCAGCUCUAUUCACUUCUAAGGAGCUGCAGUACCAGACACAACCUGCGGACAGGGGGCGGCGCCUUUAAGUCAUGUCCU